AUUUGUAAGCAUUUCUGAGUACAAAAGUAGUAUAUUAGAGAGUUGUGAGGGAUACAGAAGUAAAGCCCCUACCUCUGUGGGUGCGUGGUCUCUUGGAAGGGUAACAGCAACAUGUAUACAUGGGAAGGCAGAUAUGGUAUGGUCAGUUGAAAUGGAGACCAUAAUAUUUGCAUGCUGGUGGAGGCCAUCAGCCUGCAGGUACUCUGUGCGUGUGUCACCUCAGAUGGCAAACCGGAUUGUGGACUCUGCAAGGAGUGUCCUCAACAAGUUCAUACCUGACAUCUAUAUUUACACGGACCACAUGAAAGGAGCCAGCUCUGGGAAGUCCCCAGGCUUUGGACUGUCCCUGGUUGCUGAAACCACCAGUGGCACUUUCCUCAGUGCUGAACUGGCCUCCAACCCUCAGGGCCAGGGAGCAGCUGUGCUUCCAGAGGACCUUGGCAGGAACUGUGCCAGGCUGCUGCUUGAGGAGAUCUACAGGGGUGGAUGUGUAGACUCAACCAAUCAGAGCCUAGCCUUGCUGCUCAUGACCCUGGGACAGCAGGAUGUUUCCAAAGUCCUGCUAGGACCAAUCUCUCCAUAUACAAUAGAAUUUUUACGGCAUUUGAAGAGCUUUUUCCAGAUUAUGUUUAAAAUUGAAACCAAGCCCUGUGGUGAAGAACUCAAGGGCGGGGAUAAAGUCCUGAUGACCUGUGUUGGUGUUGGCUUCUCUAACCUUAGCAAGACCCUCAAGUGAUACUGUGACAAGAUAAGUGCCUGUUGCCUAUGUACGAAACAGAAGCUGCCAAAGGAACCAAGUACAGAUGUAUUCAUCCAGGACAGGAUAAUCCAUAUAUUAAGGACUUAAUUCUUAACUUCUCAUUAAAAAUACCAGUACACAAGUAAAAACCA